GUGAAAGUGCACGAGCUCGGCAUAUCCCGGAUCAUGUGCGUGGCCAACGAGUCGUUCUUCUUCACGCUGUCCCACGACCACAGGUUCAAGACGGUGGAUUGCCUGAGCUUCCAGGUCGUCUUCGAGACCAGCGACCAGUGCGGCGAGAUGUUCACCUGCCUGUCGUGGGACUCCGCGUGCCAGGAAGCCAUCUGCGCGGACAACGGGGGCAACAUCGGUUUCUUCAACCUCUAUACGGAGAGUUGCGUGAGCUGGAGGAGCCUCUCCGGCGACCCGAUCGUGCACAUGAGCUACGACCCCUCGACGCGCCGCCUGCUGCUGCUCUCCCCCACCCUUCUCCGCGUGUUCGAGGCGGCCCCCGGGGGCGACCGCAUCGAUGUGGUCCGUGGUGUCAAGCUCACGGAGUUCAACGAGCACACCGGGCCUGUAGUGGCGAUGCAUUCCAGGCCGAACCAGCACGGUGGGUUCCUGUACACCGCCGCAAUGGAC